GUGGAAUGUACUCAUAUAGCACGUGAAGCUCUCCCCUUUCUGGCUGAACUAAUGGAUUAGAAAACAUUAAGUUUCCCUUCAUCCGCCAUCAUAACGAUCAUCAUGAGCACCACGUGGUUAUUCCUGCUGCCAGUUGUUGUGGCCCUCGUCCUUAUAGGCCCAACUCAAAGCUUCAAACCACUGUUUGUAUUCAAUGGGAACUCCAUCUCUCACCGUGAGAUUACCACAAGGGCAGUUCUCCAAAAGACGGCUGAAGUCUGCCAGAGCAUUGCUGCUGGAGAGGGACUGGACUUCAGUCUGACUAUUGAUGACACUCUAACAGCUGAGCGGGUACACGAGGCCUGUUCCUCCUCAAGAAAAUCAACCUCACUCAUGUCCACUGUCUCAUUCUAUAGUUCCAUUGCCUAUAUUUACUUCCAAAAUGCAAAUGUGGAUUUAGUGUAUGCACUCAGUAACAAGCACCAUUUUGAUAGCGAGACAUUUCAGAAAGGACGAGACUUGAUCACACAAGGUGUGUCUGCUGUGAAGGCCAGUGUGAAACUGGAGAACUUCAUAGCAGGGCGCUCAACACUUGGACAACUAUGUCACACUCUGCAGGACUUCUACAGCCACAGCAACUGGGUGGAGUUGGGGUACACGGUUCCUUAUCAUGCCCUGAUCAAACCUGACAAGCCUUUGGAGAAUCUGGCAGGACCAAAUGUUCCCACAUGUCGAAACUGUGCAGGAAGGAACUGUAACAACAACCUUUUGCCUAAUGUGCUGGAAAAGAGGCUUCUCACUUCUGGCUACUUCAAUAUUUUAUCCUCAAAAAAGCCUAAAGGUAAAUGCAGCCAUGGAGGUUGUUUCGACCAGACGAGUAAACAGGAGCCAGUUGGGGGCAUCAAUAAGGAUGACAUGAGAUCUAGUCAUGGCUCACUUCACACUCAGUCAGCUAAUUUGGCUGUUAUUGCUACUAUGGACCUUCUGGAGGACAUCAGAGUAGCUGUUGGAGAAAAUAAUUUCCUACGGCUGAUGGGUCUCUCCCAGUCCUCUGUGCUGUGUUUUGUCAUCGACACGACAGGCAGCAUGAGAGAUGACAUAGCCCAAGCUAAGACAGUCGCUUUUAACAUCAUCGACAGCAAGAGAGGAACCCUGGAAGAGCCUUCAGCCUACAUACUGGUUCCUUUCAAUGAUCCAGGGAUGCAGUGUUUUGGACCUCUUCUAGCAACUACGGAUACAAACACAUUCAAAGAAUGGAUCAGCGCCCUGACUCCCAGUGGAGGAGGUGACAACCCAGAGCUGAGCUUGUCUGGACUGCAGCUUGCCCUUACUGCAGCUCCACCCUUAUCUGAGAUAUUUGUCUUCACUGAUGCUCCAGCAAAAGAUGCACAUUUGAAAAGCACCAUUACUGCUCUGAUUGAGAGCACAAAGUCUGUAGUGACUUUCCUGCUGACAGACGUCUUAUCAAGUAGGCGAAAAAAAAGCCUUCAAGAUGUCUUUUCUCGAGUAGUAGGCCAAAUAGAUGUUCAGCUCUACCGUGAUCUAGCCCGGGCCUCUGGAGGUCAGGCCAUUGAGGUCAGCAAGUCUGAUCUUGCUCUGGCUACAAGUGUUAUUGAGGAUUCCUCAGGCAGCUCUAUGGUGACAGUUUUUCAAGGAGAGAGGAAUCCCGGAAAGCCUGAUCAUUUUACAUUCAAUUUGGAUGACUCACUAACAAAUGUAACUAUCUACAUCACAGGGACUUCAUCUCUCUCCUUUAAUCUUAUCAGCUCGACAGGAAUAUCUCAGAGUUCCAGUGAGUCCAGUGGCCCUCUGGUAUCUUUGAACAUGGCAGGUAACCUACGACGACUGAGGCUAAACGAUGUCCGUGAAACAGGAUUGUGGAAAAUCAGUGUAGAUUCUUAUGACCCCUACUCAGUUAAGGUCACAGGUCAAAGUCCAGUGAACUUCAUCUACAACCUUGUGGAAGCCUUCAAAGGACUCCACGCAGACCUCUUUCUGAAGGAAGGACGCCCUCUUUCAGAUGGUAAGGCCACCUUCUUGGUCACAGUGACAGGGAGUGAGAGUGUAAAUGUCACAGAGGUUACACUGUGUGACAGCUCAAGCGAAACAAAGGUCAACGGAACAUUACAGUCAUUAGGAGGCUCUAAUUUCUUGGUGACAUUCACUGAAAUUCCAAUGGGUGAUUUUGUUGUUCGACUGAGAGGAGAAGACAGAAGCUCAUCAUCACGGUCAACUCCAAGCAGGUUCCAGAGGCAGGCCUCCACUCAGAUUAAAACUUCCAACAUCUCUGUGACUGCUGAGGCCAACAGCACCAACAUAGAACCAGGCUCCACCGCCUCCAUCCAUUUUAUUGUCACCUCAACUGCCAGUGGAGUCGGGACAUUCAUUGUGCGUGCCACCAAUGACUGCAGCUUUGACUCUACAUCACCGAGUUCAAUCACCAUAAAAGCAGACAGCAGAGGAAAAGCCAACAGCACCGUAACCCUAACUGUUCCUGACAGUGCAACAUCGGGAACAGACGUGACACUUACAAUUGAGGUGGAAGAUCCAGCUGCUGAUGAUAUUAACUAUGUUGUCCUGAGGUUUUCCAUCACUGCUAAGGUGACUGAUUUUAACGGACCAGUCUGGCUCGAGGUCAGUACAACCACCAACUGUUCAUCUUCAUUGCUCUGCGACUCAUCGCAGUGGCAGUUUAUCGCCAAUGUUACCGACGGUGUAAAUGGAACAGGGAUUGAAAGAGUCACAAUCCGUGAAGGGAACGGCACCCUCAACACAACCACAGUGGUCGGGCCAGGAGGAGAGAACAUCACCGUUGCCUCCUUCCAGUCCUCCUGCUGCGUAGACAGAGUAGAGCUCUCUCUUGUGGACAAUGUUGGAAAUGUUGGAAUAUGCGUGGGCCAAGUGAGACAACUCACCACAGUGGCACCUGUGACUGGAUCCAGUGUGAUGCCAUGCACCACGUCCACUGGAGGGGACACCCUGAGCACAAUGCUUUGCAUCUGCAUCACUGUUGUGACAUUCCCACUUUGGAUAUAAUGGUUGUCUGUUUAUAUGUGUGGUGGAUAUAUCAGAUAC